GAGACGGACAGAGACAGAGAGAGGAAUCGUGUUCUUGGAUUGGAUCAUCCCUGCUGCUGCUCGUUGAAUCUUUUUCCCCUGUCACGAAUUUCUGUGCUCCGAUCGCCGGAGGAGGAGAUAUGCCGCCGCCGGACGAGCGCGGGCAGCAGCCGAGGCGCCGGAGGAUGCUGGCGCGGCCGGCGGUGUGCCCGUGCGAGGCCAUCGCGCCGGCGCCGCUGCUGGCGUCGCUGCUCUCCCUCGCCGCGGACGCCGCCGGCCUCCAAGGGGACGCGCUCCCCGCGGUCCGGGGAGCGGCGCGCGAGGCCGUCCGGAUCGCCGACCUGCUCCACGCGUUCCUCCACGCGGUCCGCGGCGCCGCGUCCGGCGGGGACGCCCGCCCGCUGCCCGACGAGGCGGUGCUGGGGUUCUCGGAGCUGCACGUGGCGCUGCAGAAGCUGCGACUCCUGCUCGCCGACUGCGCCCGGAAGGGGGCGCGGCUGUGGGUGCUCAUGAACGCCGAGAUGGCCGCCUCCGAGCUCCGGGUCGUGAUGGGGUCCGUCGCGACGGCGGUGGACACGCUGCCGGAGGGCGUGGUCGCGGCGUCCGCCGAGGCGCGGGAGCUCGCGGGGCUGGUGUCAGCGCACGCGUGGCGCGCGGCGGCGCGGCUGCGACCGGACCCGGAGGACGACCGCGCGGCGCGGGGCGUGCGCUCGGUUCUCGCGCGGUUCGCGGGCGGCGUCAUGCCUGACGCCGAGGACGCCCGGCACGUGCUCGACCGCGUCGGCGCCGCGACCUGGUCGGGCUGCGCCGAGGAGGGGGCGUUCCUGGAGGCCGAGCUGCUCGAGCGCCUGGAGACCGGCGGCGAGGACGACAACGACCUCGUGCUCAUCGGCGGCCUCAUGGCGUUCCUCGUCUACUGCCGCGUCGUCUUGUUCGACCGCAUUGACGAUGCCGACAAGGCCGAGGCGGCGGCGGUGGCCAGGCCGCCGGCCAGGUGCGCGGCGUGGAUCAACCCAGAGGCGCUGCAGUGCCCGAUCACGCUGGAGCUGAUGACCGACCCGGUGACGGUGGCCACCGGCCAGACGUACGACCGCGCGUCCAUCAAGAAGUGGAUCAAGAGCGGGUGCCGGACGUGCCCCGUCACCGGCGAGCGGCUCCGGAGCGCGGAGCUCGUGCCGAACGUCGCGGCGCGUGGGAUCAUCGAGCAGCUGCUCCUCAGCCGGGGUGUCCCGCUCCAGGAGCCCAGCAGCAAGCACCGAUGCGCGGUGGACAAGACCCUGGCGCCGUUCGGCGCGGCCGCGGCCGGCGGCGUGCGGCUCGCCGUGGCGUUCCUCAUCGCGAGGCUGUCCAGGGGCACGCCCAAGCAGCAGAAGAAGGCGUCGUACGAGGCCCGGAAGCUCUCGAAGCGGAACGUCUUCUACCGGGCGUGCCUGGUGGAGGCCGACGCCGUGCCGUGGCUGCUCCACCUGCUCUCCUCCGGGGACGCGUCCGUGCAGGACAACGCCGUGGCGGGGCUCCUGAACCUGUCGAAGCACCCGGCCGGGCGGCGGGCGCUGGUGGAGUCAGGCGGGCUGGGGCUCAUCGUGGACGCCGUGAACGUGGCCGCCAGGGUGGAGGCGCGGCAGAACGCGGCGGCCGUGCUGUUCUACCUGUCGUCGAACCCGGAGUACUGCGAGGAGAUCAGCCGCAUCCCGGAGGCGAUCCCGACGCUGGUGCACCUGGCACGGGACGGCGCGUACCGCGGCCGCAAGAACGCGCUGGCGAGCCUUUACGGGCUGCUCCAGUGCACCGACGCGCACGGGCGGGCGGUGUCGGCCGGCGCCGUGGCCGCGCUCGCGGGCCUGCUGCUGGGCUCCCCUGCCGCCGCUGCCGCCGAAGGCGACGACCUGGCCCUCGACGCCGUCGCGCUGCUCGCGAGGAUCGCGGAGCAGCCGGCCGGCGCGCGCGCCGUCGCGGCGAGCUCGGAGCUGGUGACCCGGCUCGUGGACUUCCUCGGCGAGUCGGCGUCGCGGUCCGCCAACGAGCACGGCGCGUCGCUGCUGGCGUCGCUGGGCCGGCACGGCGGGGACAGGGUGCUGGCGCUGCUGGGCAAGCUGCCGGGCCUGAUGCCGGCGCUGUACGCGCUCAUCGCCGACGGGACCCCGCAGGCGGUCAAGAAGGCGCGGUGGCUGGUGAACGAGAUCCACCGGCACUACGAGAAGCGCCAGGCGCCGGCGGCCGCGCGGGCGCCGGCGGGCGGCGACCACUGCGUCAUCCGUGUAUAGCCGCCGUGUACAUAGCACGCACGAGCUCGUCGUCAGUCACGCGUUGUACAUUUGGUCCAAAAGUUUGUUCUUCGCCGGCUCGAGUUUUUCGAAGAGCCAGGACGGAUUUCGGCAUUGUUUCGUCGUGAGAUUUGUGAAUACGAACGAAAUUGUACAGGGAAUAGUUUGUACUUGUAAGUUGUUUUUGUGAAUUGUGAUAAUGAAAAUCUGUGAGUGUACAG